AUGGCGGCAAGGUUGGUGGGCAUGAUUGACUUAGCUCCAUCUAAACCUGCCUUCGUUGUUGACAGUCAGGCGGCUAUCAAAGCCUUAGGGUCGGCAACGACUAAUUCGUUAUGCGUUAAAGAAUGCCGAAGAUCCCUACAAGCUCUACAGCAACACAUAAUCAAUCAUUACUGGGUACCGGGACAUUGUGGUGUCCCGGGAAAUGAGGAAGCGGACGAUUGUGCUAGGAAGGGAUCUGAAAUGGUGCUCGAGAAGCGACCCAAAUCGUGA